CUUUGAACAAUCUUACCAUGGAAACCAUAAGAGCAUCAGUCAAAUGUAAAUAUUAUGACAAAAAUAAUCUGAAGAGGUCUGUCAAAGAAACUAACUGAAAUGGAGGAACAUCUAAUGGAAGAGAAGGCUGGUGAAACCAGCACAGUGACAUCCCUGGAAGAGCAAAGCCACGCCGGUGAAAAGCCUUAUGGCUGCAGUCAGUGUGAGAAGAGGUUCAGAUAUGCUUCAAGACUGAAGUGUCAUCAGCGAAGCCACGCCGGUGAAAAGCCUUAUGGCUGCAGUCAGUGCGAGAAGAGGUUCAGAUAUGCUUCAGGACUGAAGUGUCAUCAGCGAAGCCACGCCGGUGAAAAGCCUUAUGGCUGCAGUCAGUGUGAGAAGAGGUUCAGAUAUGCUUCAAGACUGAAGUGUCAUCAGCGAAGCCACGCCGGUGAAAAGCCUUAUGGCUGCAGUCAGUGUGAGAAGAGGUUCAGAUAUGCUUCAAGACUGAAGUGUCACCAGCAAAGCCACACCGGUGAAAAACCUUAUGGCUGCAGUCAGUGCGAGAAGAGGUUCAGAUAUGCUUCAAGACUGAAGUGUCAUCAGCGAAGCCACGCCGGUGAAAAGCCUUAUGGCUGCAGUCAGUGCGAGAAGAGGUUCAGAUAUGCUUCAGGACUGAAGUGUCAUCAGCGAAGCCACGCCGGUGAAAAGCCUUAUGGCUGCAGUCAGUGUGAGAAGAGGUUCAGAUAUGCUUCAAGACUGAAGUGUCAUCAGCGAAGCCACGCCGGUGAAAAGCCUUAUGGCUGCAGUCAGUGUGAGAAGAGGUUCAGAUAUGCUUCAAGACUGAAGUGUCACCAGCAAAGCCACACCGGUGAAAAACCUUAUGGCUGCAGUCAGUGCGAGAAGAGGUUCAGAUAUGCUUCAGGACUGAAGCGUCAUCAGCAAAUCCACACAGACGAAAAAACCAGAUCCGUAUAAGACAAGGAAGCUAGUGAUAGAACUUCUUUCUAUCACUAUGGCGACAUGUCUGUAACAUUUAUAUCAAUAAUAAUAACAAGCAUGCAAAUAAA